AUGUCAAGAAACCGUCAUUCUGUAACAGAAACCGAAAAGUUUGAAGAUAUAGACAUUUGGCAGAAUAUUUUGAAACAUUUUAAGCAUUUUGAGAAGCUUCAAGGACAUGAAGAUUCGUUUAAUUUAGAAAUUAAAAAAGCACAGGAAAAAGUAGGGAUAGAGACGAAUUAUUUUUCUGUUAAGGCUCUUAGGGAUGCUUAUCAGGAGGCAGUUGAUGUACUGAAUGAGCAACAAAGUUUACUUUUACAAAUACAAGAAAAUCUUGAUACUCUCAUUGCACAUCGUCAAUCAGAAGAAACGGGAAAAGUCUCAGAGGAUUUUAAAAUAAAAAAGCGGCGAAUUGAAGAGAAUUCUUCUGAUACUACUAUUUCUCGAGUAAAGAAAUCACGAAGCCAAACAAUUACUCGUGAUAUUUUACAAGUUGGAUCUCAGGUUGCUUUUCGCCAACCAAAAACAAAAAAUAGUCAAGGCGAUUGGAUUCAAUGUAUUGUUACACGUGUUAUUGGGGAAGGAUCUAAAGUUCGAUAUGAGGUUCAGGAUCCUGAACCAGAUGAAAACCAUCAUCCUGGAAUAUAUAAAACUGUUGCUUCAAACCUGAUUUUAAUUCCCAAUAGUUCAGUAGGACUUCGACCUUUAUCACCUGGUACACAAGUUCUUGCGAGAUAUCCAGAAACAACAACGUUUUAUAAUGCAGAAGUAAUUAGUACAAAGAGAGAUGGGACUUGUAAAUUACGUUUUGAAGGAGAAGUUGAAAAAGAAACAGAAGUUGAAAGGAAGCUUGUAUUAGAAUUAACCUAA